GAGCAAUUUCGCAACUUUGACUCCCGCACCAGUUGAAACUCUUUGAGUGACAUUUCUUGCCACUGCAUUCCUGAUCAUCUCGUGGUCUGUUAAAACUUUUGGUGAAUGCUUGGAGGAUCUCAUUAAUGGGUCCUGGACUGUAGAUCUUGAGAUGAUGGAGAAGGAAGCGAAGAAUCAGAGAGCCAAGGAGCCAGAUUUUGUAUUGCAGUGGGGGAAUAGGAAGAGACACAGAUGUGUGAAGGUCAAGAACAAAGACCACAAUUUUUCCUCCACCAACACCACCCCCAACAAUAACAGCAGCACCAGCAAAUUGUCUUCUGAUUCUUUUGGGAAGAGGAAAAUCAUGAACGGCGUCGUCAAUACCAAGAGGGAUUCAUCCCAUCACUCACCUCACCGAGGUCUCAACAGUCGGAAUUCGGAGGCGCACAUGAAUAAACGGAAGGCCUCGCCAGAGAAGGAAGACCGGUUCUACACGACCAGGGGAUCGUUGGGGGCAGAUGAGAAUGGAAAGGUGUUGUUGGAUCACAAUAUGAAGAACGAUAAAGGCCCGGUUGUUUGGCCCAAAUUGUUUCUUUCCUUGUCCAACAAGGAGAAGGAAGAGGAUUUCAUGGCGAUGAAAGGGUGUAAGCUCCCUCAGAGGCCUAAGAAAAGGGCUAAAUUGAUCCAAAGAAGUGUGCUCUUGGUAAGUCCUGGUGCUUGGCUCUCUGACUUGUCCCAGGAGAGAUACGAGGUUCGAGAGAAGAAGGCCUCGAAGAAGAAGCCCAGAGGGUUGAAGGCAAUGGGAAGCAUGGAGAGUGAUUCAGAAUGAGAGAUGGAGAAGAAGAAGAAGAAUGCACAGAAAGGUCGAGUAUGACAAUGAAUGUAUGAUUUUGUUUCUUCAUUAGUAUGAUAGCUUCAAGAGAUAGAAACAAGAGAGAGAGAGAGAGAGAGCGGGGAAGAGGGGUAUCUUUUUGGUAUGCUUGUUUCUCUUGUAGAGGAUUCAUUGGAAAUUUUAGUUGAUUUUGACAUUUCUCUUGGCAUGGUA